UUCAGACGACGAGGUGGCACGAAUGACAGAAAUUCUACUGAACUUGUAAACAUUGGAAUUUUCUUUGUGCUGUGCAACAAAUAUAAAUGUUUCACGAUUUAAUUACAGUAUAAUUAAUUAAGUACGUUAGUAUUUGAUUUGGCCUUCCCUUGCAAGGGGGGAGAGCGAGUGAGGGGAUUGGUUAACAAAAACCAUAAGUAAUUUAGUGAAGUAAUAGGUUUACAUUUGUUGGUGAACCCUAUACCAAAUUUGUAGUCUGCACCUCAAGGAAUACGUACGAGUCACAUGAUCAUUUUGAUCCUUGACCUUUCGCCACAGGUAGCACCCCUGAAAAAGUAUGGCUCAGAAGGAGAGAACGGCCCACAAAGAUGGGAUAAGGUCAGGGGUCGGCGCUCACCUUGACGGUUGGUCCGAGCGAAAAACGUUUGAGACAAAAAAUGUUGGUCUGGUCGAAAUAGUAUCGAUGAUUACGCUUUCGACCUCAAUUGGUGGGUAAUUGGCAGAGGUAAUUUUCAAAAGAUAAUCCCUCCCGUAUAUCACGGAGAGGUCAGUGUUCCAAAUGAUGUUAUUCAGAUUCCGUGCUGUAAGGAGAACAAACUUGGUAUAAGGUUCACAGAUGAGAAAAUUAUGUACUUUUAAUAAACUUUUUUUUUAAAUCGGGACUAUUGAGGAUUUUUACAGUUGCAGUUUUUAUGAAUUCUUAGUAAUUUAUGUACCGCAGGCUGGCACUAGAAGUGAAUUGUGUGGGUGGGAAGACGAAAAGAGAGGAGAAGGAGAUUUUGACUCAAUAAAGUCUCCAUCAACGUAUUCUCAGGCGAAACUAAUAACGAAGACCAAACCCAAGAGUAAGUUUAGGGGACGUUCUUAAAUUACGUAACGUUUGAAGGGGGGGAGAGGUAUCUGCUCCAAUGAUGUCGUGCGUAUGUACGCCAUGUUAAAGGGCGAGGGUGGGGUCUAGAAAAUCGAUUUUUAGCGUUACGUAAUUUAAGAACGUCUCCUUAAAUGUAUGUAGUAUUGGCGAAUUUGUAUAAUUGAUUGAUAAGGUGAUUUGAUUUUUGUUGUUAUUAAUUAGUAAUAACCUUUCAGCCAGCGUUGUUCCGCUACUUCUAAAAUUCGAUAGAUAUAUAGCCACCCAAAUGUGUAUUAAUAUGUAUUUAAAUAGUUACUUAUGGCGACUUGUAUGGAUUUCUAUUAGACAAUAAUUAACUGUGAACUUUUAUAAUUAUGAGGUUACUCAACAUAGCAGACCACCUCUGCCUCCUGUGUUUGAAAUCCUUUGACAACGACAUAGGGGAUGGCGACCUGGUUGAAAUGAAGUCCGGAAGGAAAAUAGUACUUUCAUCCUUCUGCGAAUUAUUAAAGCCAUCGCAUUCAACGUCGAAAACGUGUUAUCCAUCCAAAUCCUUGGAGGAUGAAUGGUGCAAAUUUUGUUUAGAUUGCUACCCCUUGAUUCUUGACGUGGAGGAAAGUCGUCACCAAAUUUCCAUCUUGGAAGAAAAAAUUGGGAAAAAAGUUGGUGAAAUACGUCACAAAAUUUCUUCGUCUCCACAGGUUUGCGAGAAAAUUAAGAAAUUGAGGCAAAUUAUACUUCAGGUCACGGAGUCACAGAACAGUGUCGAUCAGGAAUAUGCGAACAAUGUUUUGGAGGAAGAGGUGUACGUAAAAAUGGAACCAGAUGUCAACUCUGAAGGUGACCAUGUUGAAGAUUAUAGCUUUUCAUUCUCCCCCACUGAUGAAGAAAUUCACUCAAGUAAUGUAGUCAAAGUCGAUCCUUCUGAAGGAGAUGACGAUGAUGAAUCUGCCUUCUGUAUUUAUCCAUUUAUACAAAAGACCGGAAGUGGGAGGCAACCAGAAUCUGGACAGUCGAGGCGACUACGACGUAAACGCGAACGGGAAGUUUCGUCCAUAAUACGAAAACCUGCCAAGCCCUGCCCAGCCUCGAAACAUAUCAAACUUGAAUCUCGAACCUUUUCCGCUCGGGGAGGAAGGGUACGAAUAUCUCCCCGCGCCAAACCUACAAAAGUCGUUAAAACUCUCCAAGUCUGUCUAGAAAGACUCCGUCCAAUCAAAGAAUCCCUCCCUAAAUCCGAUCCAUCAUCGGAAGAAGAUGAAGAUUACAAUCCAAAAAUUUGGGAGGAUGACAAGGAUUGGACUCCAAACAAAGAUCACUCUGAGGAUGACGAAAAAGAUGGAAAAACCUCCCGUCGUCGCGAGCCUGACAUUCUUUGUGUCGUGGCAGGGUGCACCGUUAAGUUUCCAACUAUUAAAGCGAGAAGUGUUCACAUGCAAGAGGAACACGGAGGCGUUCGAAUCCGAGCUCCUCACCAGUGUACCCUCUGUCCCAAGAGGUUUAGGCGCCUUGGUGAGUUCUCAGUCCACCUCGUAGUUGUUCACGAGACUGGUGAGAAGAAAUUCCCCUGUGCCAAGUGUGGCAAGAGUUUUGCCCUAAUGGUGAACCUGGAGCGUCAUGUAGAACUGCAUAAACUCGAGGGGGUGAAACCGAUCGUUUGUGAUGUGUGUGAUAGUAGAUUUAAGGACGAGAAAAAGCUAGGGAUACACUUACGGAUCCAUGACGUAAAACGGUGUCAUCUUUGCGGAAAAGUGUUAAAGGAUAAAACAGCGUUGGAGAAACACGUGCGCACCCACACGGGCGAGAGGGUGGUAAAAUGCGACCAAUGCGAUGCCACCUUUAUCGAUAAGAUUACUCUGACUAGACACAUUGCCAAGGCUCAUUCCAGCGGCCAGGCGCAACAUAUUUGCCAUAUUUGCGGAGCCGCUCACUAUUUGCUGCUCGACCUCAAAAAGCAUUUGGACCGACAUGAGGGUAAAUUUCGAGUGACGUGUGACACGUGCGGUGAACGUUUGCAGAGGCGCGUACCCUGCAGUCACAUCGAGUCAAGCCCAAAGACAUUCGCUUCUGCGGAUGGAUUACUACUACACAAGAAAAGCCAUGCGGGGAUUAGACCGUAUAAAUGUGAGAUUUGUGACGCAAGCUUUACCCGGAACCGACAGCUAGUAAUGCACAUUCGAACCCACACUGGCGAGCGUCCCUUCAAAUGCCCCGAGUGCGACAAAGCGUUCAGAAAUCAGAGUCAAAGACAGGUCCAUAUGAGGCGGAAACACACCCCUUGUGACGUCAACCCUAGACCGCAUAAAUGCCCCCACUGUGAACUGACAUUUGAAUAUCCAUUCUUUCUGAAUGGUCACAUCCGCAAAAUCCACACGGGAGAGCGACCUUUCAUUUGCCACCAGUGUGGAGAAGGGUUUGCCGUUAAGGCCGCACUCGUCCGGCAUUUGCAAAAGGUGCAUGCUAUUAUUAGGAACAAGAAGAGGGGGAAUGAUACUGCUUAAGUCUGCCAAGGAUUGACGGGACACGUCUCCCCUGGGACUGGAAUUAAUUUAUAAAUACAUAAUUCAUAAAUACAAAAAAUUUGUAAAAUGUUCUAUUGAAUGACCUCUUGUUUUGUAAGCAAGGUCAAAAAAUCUGAUCAAAUUUUAUUUAAUUUCUAUGUGAUGCGUUUACAUAUUUUCAAUAUAUUUGUUCGCCAAAAAGAUAAUAUUACAUAUGUUGGGCUGAACCAUGAGAACAUUGUGGGGACAUGGGUAGGAAAGCGAGGAUAUUUAAGUUAUUUGAUCCUGAGACACACAUAUUCUUUUGCAAACAGCCCUAGAUUUAAAAAUUCCAAUUUUUGAUAUGACGCCAAAACCUGUAACAACUCCUGUGAUAUUUAAUAACAUUAUUCACGGCCCUGUGUAAUAUCUAAAAAUCGCCUGGAUUCUGUACACUCAACAAAACAACUUAAAAAGCAAACUCAAUUUUAGAAAAUAUGAUGGGCCAACGGUGAGGCAACCUUUCAGAAAGUCGAAUAUCAAAAUGUUUUAAGUAACCGAAAAUUAUCCCAGUUAGGUACAAUAUCUGCCAUAAUAGAAUGUAGGAAAUUUCUUGUUUUUUUUUGUUUUAUCCGAGUCAGUCUGCCUCACCUAAGAGUGUUAUUUGCAAAAAUAAUUUAUAAAUCCAAUUUUAAGUAACUAACUGCCUCACAAUAUAUGACUGACAAUAUUGAUGUGAUUAAUUCAGAUCAGAUUUGGUAGGGUAGAGAAUAUUAUAUAAUUCAUACUUGAAUUAUCUAAAGAUAAUCCAGUGUAGUACGAAUAAUUCAUAUUCGACUUUUCAUACUACUUCUCCUUAUUUGUUACAUGUAUGCAUUUUUUUAUAAUACACAAAAUAUUUUAUACAAUUCGCAAAAAAUUUGGUUGAUGCAUGACAACAGUACAACAAGUCGAUCAGACUCUGGCAUGCAUAUGUAACUUGAGAAAAUUACAGUAAAACUGGUUAUGUUGGUUGAUAUAUGUAUGCUUGCAAAAACUGUGUUUUUACACGGCACAGUACAUAUGCUGCUAAAUAUGAUCUUAUAACAUGCUAUUACUCUGUAAAACUCUGCUGGCUAUAUGCUAAAUUACGUAGGAAUUUGUAUGGUUAUGAAGCCUAACCAGAGAAUGAAUUGCAGCUGAUUUGGCGGAAAGAAUACAUGUACAUUGUAUUAUACCAAAUUAUCAUUUCUGAUACAUUACGUUAUGAAUCCUCUUUUCUUGCUUUGAGAUACAUUUACUUUAUUAAAUUUAUAAAUUGUGUACAAUACAGUGAAUUGCUGUAUUUUAAACGUUUAAAUAUAAUGAGUAAAUCAUCAUCGGGUAGAGGCCGGACUAGAUCGUUUCCUAUCGUCAUCUCUCCGCAGGAGGUCCGCGAUCUUACGACAGAAGUUAAAACUGCUGUUGAGCAGUUGCUAAGCAAUUGUUCUUCAAAUGUUAACACGCCAGAUUACGAAAAAUUAUAUCGAAACGUGUACACUCUGAUUUUACAUGGGCACGGAGAAAGCUUGUACAAUGGAUUAAAAUCCGAUAUGGAAGAAGGCUUGAGAAAGAUUAGGGCGGAUAUUCUAAUUUCGUUGGAAGAUGACUUUCUCCAGAAAUUGAGUCAUGUUUGGGCGAAUUAUGAUACGUCCGUAAUUAUGAUAAGGGAUAUUUUCAUGUAUAUGGAACGCGUCUACGUAGCAGAAAAGAAUAUCGAUGGGGUAAUUGACCUUGGAAUGAUUUUAUUUCGAAAUGAGGUUAUCCGUUUUCCUGCCAUAAAAAAUAAAUUGAGGGAAAUUAUUCUGGAGUUAGUUGUACAAGAUUUCCGAGGAGAAUUGCCUCAGUUUGAAUGGCAAGAUUGUGUUAAAAAUAUUAAAGAGGUUUCCCAAAUGCUAAUCAAACUCGGGGUGAAGGACAAUAAUCCUUCCAUUUAUGAGGAAAUUUUUGAGGAACCAUUUUUACUAAAAGUUGUGGAAUUUUAUAAGAUUGAAGGUGGCAAGUAUUUAGAAGAUAAUAACGCAAAUUUGUACAUCUCACAAGUUGAAGAUCGAAUUAGAGCAGAUAUGAAUCGUGUCCAGCUUCUCAGUCUGCAUGAAUCAACUGGAACAAAACUACUUCAGAUUAUGGAGGAUGAACUGAUCACAAAAAAUAUCUUGACUCUUAUGGAAGUUGAUAUGGGUGGGGUUGAAGAUAGCCUGAUAAACCGGAAGGAAGAAAAUUUUACUCGUUUACAGAAUUUUGUGGGGAGAGUGGAAGGCGGCAAGGAAAAAUUGGGAGCAUAUAUCACAAGCUAUUUGAAUGAUCAGGCUGACCCAAAUUUGCCAAGUUUUGAUGGACAAAGUAUUUCCUGGAUUGGAUGAAUUUCACAAUGUAUUUUUAUUUUUAUGAGAUGAAAUUAUGUAACAAUUGUGUCAAUAAACAAGGCGACGUUUUGGAUACGAA